CCCGGCACUGGUGCGCUGUAAUCGCGCGCUCGCCGUGCCCUAGCGGCCACUGGCGGAACGCGCACAGGGGGUGGAGAGUGGAGGGGUGCGCGGGCGGGAGGCACCCCCCACCUCGGGAGUCAGGGAAAUCCCGGCCGCCACCAGGGGCCGUGCCACCACCCUCGCCGGACCGAGGCUUCCGGCGCGCCCCCCAACUUUGUGGCGCCCUCACACAGCGGCGGCGGGGAUGGAGCUGCCUCCCCGAAGGCGGGCGCCGCUGGACUCGCCGCUGGACAGCUGCUCCCUGACCUCGCUGGACUCCAGCGUUUUCUGCAGCGAGGGUGAAGGGGAGCCCCUGGCACUCGGGGACUGCUUCACGGUCAACGUGGGCGGCAGCCGCUUCGUGCUCUCGCAGCAGGCGCUGUCCUGCUUCCCGCACACGCGCCUUGGCAAGCUGGCGGUGGUGGUGGCCUCGUGCCGCCGCCCCGGGGCCCUGGCCGCCGUGCCCAGCCCCCUGGAGUUCUGCGAUGAUGCCAACCCCGUGGACAACGAGUACUUCUUCGACCGCAGCUCGCAAGCGUUCCGCUACGUCUUGCACUACUACCGCACCGGCCGUCUGCACGUUAUGGAGCAGCUGUGCGCGCUCUCCUUCCUUCAGGAGAUCCAGUACUGGGGCAUCGACGAGCUCAGCAUCGACUCCUGCUGCAGGGACAGAUACUUCAGAAGAAAGGAGCUGAGUGAAACGUUAGACUUUAAGAAGGACACAGAAGACCAGGAGAGUCAACAUGAGAGUGAACAGGACUUCUCCCAAGGACCUUGUCCCACUGUCCGUCAGAAGCUCUGGAACAUCCUGGAGAAACCUGGAUCUUCCACAGCUGCUCGAAUCUUUGGGGUCAUCUCCAUCAUCUUUGUGGUGGUGUCCAUCGUCAACAUGGCCCUGAUGUCAGCUGAAUUAAGCUGGCUGGACCUGCAGCUGCUGGAAAUCCUGGAGUAUGUGUGUAUUAGCUGGUUCACCGGGGAGUUUGUCCUGCGCUUCCUGUGUGUGCGGGACAGGUGCCGCUUCCUGAGAAAGGUGCCCAACAUCAUCGACCUCCUUGCCAUCUUGCCCUUCUACAUCACUCUUCUGGUAGAGAGCCUGAGUGGGAGCCAGACGACACAGGAGCUGGAAAAUGUGGGGCGCAUUGUGCAGGUUUUGAGGCUGCUCAGGGCUCUACGCAUGCUAAAGCUGGGCAGACAUUCCACAGGAUUACGCUCACUCGGGAUGACAAUCACCCAGUGUUACGAAGAAGUCGGCCUACUGCUCCUAUUUCUGUCUGUGGGAAUUUCUAUAUUUUCCACGGUGGAAUAUUUUGCUGAGCAAAGCAUUCCUGACACAACCUUCACAAGUGUCCCUUGUGCAUGGUGGUGGGCCACAACAUCCAUGACUACUGUGGGCUACGGGGACAUUAGACCAGACACCACCACAGGCAAAAUCGUGGCCUUCAUGUGUAUAUUAUCAGGAAUCCUUGUCUUGGCCUUGCCUAUUGCUAUUAUUAACGACCGCUUCUCCGCUUGCUAUUUCACCUUAAAGCUCAAGGAAGCAGCCGUUAGACAGCGGGAAGCUCUGAAGAAGCUCACCAAGAAUAUAGCCACUGAUUCAUAUAUCAGUGUUAACUUGAGGGAUGUCUAUGCCCGGAGUAUCAUGGAGAUGCUUCGGUUAAAAGGCAGAGAAAGGGCAAGUACUAGGAGCAGUGGGGGAGAUGAUUUCUGGUUUUGAAUUCACUUUCAAUUUAUGUACAAAAGUUUGUGUACAACUAACUCAACUGAUAAAACCUUGAAAUGGAUGUCUGUAUACUGUUGAAGAGUCUCUUUUGAGUACUACCCGUGUUAGUUUUUACUGAUAUAUUGCUUAGUCUGCUAGAAUAGUUCACAUGCCCCAAACCAAGUGCACACUGAGUCUCAAAACUAGUCAUUUAACACAACCCAAUACAAGUAGGCCAAAUGUCUGAAUUGUCAAAUAUAAAAUAAUAGUGCAAUACAUACAACAAAGUUUCAAGUUUUACGUAUCACUAAUUUUAGAAGUUCUUUGCACCACUAACCUAAGAGAAUGGGAGUUAAACUGCAUAGCCCAGAGCAAAGAUAAGUGAAUCUUUAGGAACAUACUGAACAACUUUGCUAUUUAAAGACAUUCUCCAAGUAAAGAAAUCACUCUUUUUUCCAUCAGUUAAAGCUGUUAAAUACAACAAUUCCCUUUGCAAGUGAAAAUCCUGAUUUGAUGGCCAUAGAUGGUGACCCUGUCUUCCCUCUGGUGCAAACCACUGAUCACAGAGGGACUAAGUUCUGAUUCCCAUCAUUACUAUCAGAGGUGGAAAUCCCCAGACUGCUUAGCCGACAGCAGAAGAGUGUUGCAUAGAGGCUUCGAGAACUGUGCCUCCUCAUCCUCCCCACCGAAUGCAGUAAUGUAGUCUAGAGUAGGUGUCUCCCGCACCCCUGGCAAAUCAGAUGGUCUUAAAAAAUCUCUUUAUUGAUGUAGUGUUCAAAUUAUGUCUUUAAAAUCACAAACAUGUAAAGGUGAAGUAGUGAACAUCCUAAAUAUAUACGAUGAAAUUAUUAAAUAGUCUUAUUUCAUAAAAUGAGAAUGAUAUGUUGAAUGAUAUCACUGGUUGGAACUUGAAGAUCUUUUAUUUGUUAACAAAAAAAUAUUAUGGAUAGUUUUCCAACUGUUGGGGCAAAUAGCAAAUGUUCAAACUGUACACAUUUAGAUGGUCAUCCAUGAUAAUGAUAAAAUUCACGGACAUUCUGUUAUAUUGAUUAAAACCGAAAGUUCUAAACCUAAGAAUUAGUUCAUGAUUCCCAAUAUUCUAGUUAAGGAGAUUUUAAAAACUAAGAGUGAAAUGGAGUAUCAUUUU